CAAAGUAACACAAGAUUUCACAGCUUCUGGGGUCCCAAAGGCUAAUCGCUGGGUAAAAGUGGGCGACUGCUUUCUUCCCCCACUCUGCAGCAUUUCUUACUACUUAGCAAGAAAGAGUGGCUGGUGGGAAUGUUUAAAUAUUUCCGGAACCAUUUCGUCAGUCGCUUAACAGAAUGCAAGAGACGAAGGUCACGUCUGGUGUCUAAAGAUGGAAGAUGUAACAUAGAGUUUGGGAAUGUUGAAGAACAGUCAAGGUUUGUUUUCUUGGUUGACAUCUGGACCACCAUCCUGGACCUCAGGUGGAGGUACAAGAUGACUAUCUUCAUUUCAGCAUUCCUAGGCAGCUGGUUUUUCUUUGGCCUUCUGUGGUACGUAGUGGCAUAUGUACAUCAAGACCUGCCAGAGUUCAGCCCCUCUGCAAAUCACACCCCAUGUGUUGAUAACAUCAAUGGCUUGACUUCUGCCUUUCUGUUCUCCUUGGAGACUCAGGUCACUAUUGGCUAUGGUUUCAGGUGUGUUACAGAACAAUGCGCCAUGGCAAUUUUCUUACUGAUCUUCCAAAGUAUCUUAGGAGUUAUCAUAAACUCUUUCAUGUGUGGUGCUAUCUUGGCCAAGAUCUCCAGGCCGAAAAAGAGAGCAAAAACCAUUACCUUCAGUAAGAAUGCUGUUAUCAGCAAGCGAGGUGGGAAAUUGUGCCUUCUUAUCAGGGUGGCCAACCUCAGAAAGAGCCUUUUGAUUGGCAGCCAUAUUUACGGCAAGCUGUUGAAGACCACCAUCACACCAGAAGGAGAGACGAUCAUCUUAGAUCAAGUCAAUGUAGACUUUAGAGUUGAUGCUGGCAAUGAGAACUUAUUCUUCAUCUCUCCCUUGACAAUUUACCAUGUCAUCGACAAGAACAGCCCCUUCUUUCACAUGGCAGCUGACACCAUCCAUCAACAGGACUUUGAGUUGGUGGUGUUUCUAGAUGGGACUGUGGAAUCUACCAGUGCUACUUGUCAAGUCAGGACCUCCUACAUUGCGGAGGAAGUACUGUGGGGUUAUCGUUUUGCACCAAUUGUCUCCAAGACCAAAGAAGGGAAGUACAGAGUAGAUUUCCACAAUUUCAGCAAACCAGUGGCAGUGGAAACUCCUCAUUGUGCCUUUUGCCUCUAUAAUGAGAAAGAUGCCAAAAACAAAGCCAAGAUGGGAUAUGACAACCUUGGAUUUCUACUUCAAGAGGUCAAUGAAACCAGUGACACAAAAAUGUAAUUCUGGGUGUUGGUGUGUCUGAAGAAUAUAGCUAGGGUGCUAUGCUGAAAUACUAGCAUGAUGGACAGAACAAAGACAAACAGGGUUGUUUGGGAUAUGAAAGCAGUUCUUCUAAUCUAACAGAAACAAGAUAUAGAACAGCCAUUUCCUGAAUGCUGCUGAACUAUAACAUGUUUAUUUCCACAGAAUGUACAUAUAUAUAUUUCAUUUGUGAGAUUGUUCUUUAAACCAAUUGACUCGUCUUGAGAAUGUUUUUUUUAAGGAAAAAGAAAAAUUCAGAAAAAUUCGGAGAUAUAAGAAAUACUUUUGAUAAUAUGCUAACAAAGAAGAAAUGAUAUGCAGCAGUAAUGAAAAAGAAAAAUUUCAGUGUUAGGAACUAUUAAGAGAUGGACUUAUUUUUUUAAAAAAACACAAUACCUUUAUGUA